GUUGGUAGAGUGUGUUUGACUGGAGGGGGUGGUGCUUGAGGGACAGCUAGUGUUCAGGGUUGUGGCUGUGAGGAGUGUGAGAGGGUUUCUGAACACCCUUGGUUUGAGGGGUGGACGAUGGAAUGAGGGCCUUCUCAAGCUUUCUCCCUCACCCCAAGGCAGGCGUGGCUGACCAGGAUGCCGUGGGAGGGAGGAAAUAACCUCCUCUGCGAGCACAGUGAGGCUGUGGUCUGGUGAGAUGCCAGCAUUGGAGUGCUGUGGAGGAAGCUUCAGUUGUUUUUAACCUUUCAUUUUUCAGGCUCUACCCUGAGAGGCCACCCUUGGUUGCUGGGAGCCCUGGUGCUGGGCCUUCUCUCCCUGUCGACUUCCAGAAACAACCUGCAGUCUGAGAGGUAGAAGAUCAGAAGCCGGCCAGCCAGAGCUCUAAGACUGAGGACCCUGCAGAAGCAGCAGAGAUGCCUCACUCCAGCCUGCAUCCAUCCAUCCCACAGCCCAGGGGUCACAGGACCCAAAAGGCAGCCUUGGUCCUGCUAAGUGCCUGUCUGGUGGCCCUUUGGGGCCUGGGGGAGCCACCAGACUACACUCUCAAGUGGUUGGCGCUCCACCUGGCCUCCCAGGAGAUGGGACUGCUAAUCAAGGGGAUCUGCAGUCUGGCCGAGGAGCUGCGCCACGUCCACUCCAGGUACCACGGCAGCUACUGGAGGGCUGUGCGGGCCUGCCUGUGCUCCUCCAUGCGCUGCGGGGCCCUGCUGCUGCUGUCCUGCUAUUUCUACUGCUCCCUCCCAAACAUGGCUGGCCUGCCCUUCACUUGGAUGCUUGCUCUCCUGGGCCUCUCACAGGCACUUAACAUCCUCCUGGGCCUCCAGGGCCUGGCCCCAGCAGAGGUCUCUGCAAUCUGUGAAAAAAGGAACUUCAACGUGGCUCAUGGGCUGGCCUGGUCAUAUUAUAUUGGAUACCUGCGGCUGAUCCUGCCAGGGUUCCGGGCCCGGAUCCAAAUUUACAAUCAGUUCCACAACAACACGCUACAGGGCGCAGGAAGCCACCGGCUGCACAUCCUCUUCCCGUUGGACUGUGGGGUGCCUGACGACCUGAGCGUGGCUGACCCCAACAUUCGCUUCCUACACGAGCUGCCCCAGCAGAGUGCCGACCGUGCCGGCAUCAAGGGCCGGGUUUACACCAACAGCAUCUAUGAGCUUCUGGAAAAUGGGCAGCGGGCAGGCGUCUGUGUCCUGGAAUAUGCCACCCCCUUGCAGACCCUGUUUGCCAUGUCACAGGAUGGCCGAGCUGGCUUUAGCCGGGAGGAUCGGCUGGAACAGGCCAAACUCUUCUGCCGGACACUUGAAGACAUCCUGGCAAAUGCCCCUGAGUCUCAGAACAACUGCCGCCUCAUUGUCUAUGAGGAAUCUGCAGAGGGAAGCAGCUUCUCCUUGUCACAGGAAAUUCUCCAGCACCUUCGGCAGGAGGAAAGGGAGGUUACCAUGGGCAGCAUGGAAACCUCAGUGAUGCCCGGUUCCUCUGUCCUGUCCCAAGAGCCUGAGCUCCUCAUCAGUGGCAUGGAAAAGCCUCUCCCGCUCCGCUCGGAUGUCUUCUGAGGCCCCAGUCACCUCUCCUGAGCCCCCAGCCAACCCUGAGACUCUGAGAGGAUGUCUUUCUUGAGCAGCUGGAGGCCUAGCAGAACCAUUUCCUCCCUCUCAGAGAAGGUCCUUGGACUUGACAUUUCAAGAUGAAUCCUGUAACCUUGGGCAAGUUGUUUCACCUCUCUGAGCCUCAGUAUCCUCAUCUAUGAAAUGGGAUUAUAAUCAUUGCCCUAUCUACCUCACAGGGUAGUUAUGAGUA